AUGGUACCUUUUUCUUGGAAAGUCUUGCUGGGAUUUUUGUAUGUUGCAGCCAUUGAAGGACAGCUGCAAAUCCUUACAGAAUCACAGUCAGGAAUACAAAAAAAAACAUUUAAGGAAUUUACAAAUUUGCAAGAUGGUUUGGAACUGGGAAGUGCCUCACUGCCAGAAGAGCCUAAUGGGACUCCAGUUAAUCCAGCCCAUCAACCCUAUACAGGUUUCCUCAAAAGAAAAAAGAGGGCAAUUUUGUUUCCUAGCGGAGUGAAAGUCUGUCCGGAAGAAACAUUUGAACAGGCUCUCAUGAAUCACAUGAAGUUUUUUAAACUUAGGGUGUGUCAGGAAACUGUUUGGGAAGUUUUUAAGAUAUUUUGGGACCGUUUGCCAGAUCAAAGAGAAUAUCAGCAGUGGAUGCAUCUGUGUGAACAGGGCACAGUAACUAUAUUUGACAUAGGAGGCAAUUUUAGUAGGUCUGAAGAACAUCACAAUUUAGUUAAAGAGAAGCUACUUUUAACCAAACAUGCAGUGAGCAGUUCUUGCAAAGAUUGGAACUGUGGCUCAGAAGCAACAAAUUCACCUUCUGAACAAAAUACUACAUUUAGAGAUGCAGCUGCAAAUGUUCCUCCUCCCGAUGUAAUUUCAGUUGAAAGUCAAUCACCUACCAAUAUUCUCAAACAGGAAGAUACUGAAGAAAUGAUGAACAAUGAAAUUAUUAAGUUGACCGAGAAACCAUUGAAACAAGUUGUGGAGAAGAUGGUAGAAUUCAGAAUCCUUCUACGUGGUGAGACAUACACAAAGGAUCUAAGUGACAAAUCCUCUGCUGCUCAUGACAAACUUACAGACAAGUUUACCAAUCAGAUACAAAAUGUGUUUCAAGGUUUGCCAGGAUAUAAAAAAAUGUUUGUGCAAGAAAUGAGCCCAUCACUGCAGGAUGACAGAAUUGGUGUGGAACUGCAGUAUGCUGUCAUUUUUGAAGGAGAUGCGGAUGCAAUUAGCAAUGCUACUUUGGAUUUAAUGAACCUUCAAUCUAACAAAGUUGAAGACAGCUUGUUUAAUGAUAUUGAAGAUAAACCUACAGCUGUGUAUGCAGUUGGUAGCUUUAGAGAUUAUGUAGUAGAAGCACUUUACAAACGGGCAUUACUCAGCAACAAAUCAGUGGACUUUUAUCCUGACUCGCUGCAGCUUCUUAAUGUUAAAGAUGUUCCAUCCACAUUCUAUGAAGAAAUCACUACAGUUACAGAAACUCCAACAUUUCCACGACUCUCAACAGCAGAUGUGGUUAAUGCACUACAAGCUGAAUGGCUUCCAACUGUUCAUUCAACUAUAAGCUAUAUGUUGCCAAAAGAAGAAUCCAGUGAAGAGCUGGAUUUAAGAAGUGAACCACCAAUCAGUAUUCCUUUAAGUGAAAUUGCCUUGGAAGCAGAAAUUCCUAUUGUUACAGAAACCAAUUUUAUCUCUGAACAUGAUGCUAGUUUUACAACACAAUCAAAUAUUUUAGCGGUUUACCCACUCUCCACCAUAUUAAGUUCUUUGGAAUCCACAUCAACUACUUUGACUGGUUCUUAUAUGGACUUGGACAUUCAGGAUCUAUCAGGAGAUAAGGAUAUUAUUACAUAUGAGCACUCUACAAUUACUCUACAGACAGAACAUGAAUCAAAAGACUUGACUUCACCUACAGAAAAUAUUUUCAUUCCUAUCUUUUAUACACCAAAUGUGACAACUUCAUCAUUUGAUGAUUUCAGAGCAGAUAUUGUGACAUCAGCUAUAGCUGCAGAAGAGCCUGCACUAAGUGACUUUGGAAGUCUGCUAAAAGAAGACGAAAGUACACAAUUUACUGACAAAGAAAGCAAAGAUUUAGAUGAAUUAGUUACUCCUUUUAUAUCUGACAGCAAAAUAGAAAAAGAUGAAUUACUGUUCGAAGACAGUUUGCUACCAACUAGCACAAGUAUUGAAAAAAAUAUCCCAAUUAUUGAAGGAUCAGGCUCUGGAUUUGUACCUUUUGCAAAAGAAGUCGACACAAAUAUUUCUCUUUGGUUAAAAACUACAAAAGAACCUCUUACUGCUUUAAAUGAACAGCAAAGCUAUAAGGAUGAAACAGAAAUGAUAAAAAUACAAGAGGAACUUAGUACAGUUCCCAUUACUAAACAGCCUGUUGCUGAUUAUACCACUGCAGAUAUUACUACAAUGAAAAACCAAAUCUCUGAGAAUCUUGAGCAAUAUAAAAACAUUGUGACUACAGGUUUAUCAUUAAACCAGCCUUUGCUUUUAGAGUUAACCACAGAACCAUCUCCUGUAUUAUAUACUCAGGAAUCCUUGGCCAUUGAACUAUCCAUGCAAACGUCAGAACCAUCAUACAUAUAUGAGUAUUCAAUUACAGAGACAGAUAGUUUGAUUGGACCCACUUUAGAAUACUCGUUUGUAGAAACAUCAAGUGAAGAAUCCUUUGUGGUCACAAGCAAUUCUCUACAAACAAAUGAAGCAUCUAAAAACAUAGUUUUGGAAACCAGCACAGAUCAGUCAGACAGUUUAGCCUCUAAUGAAAUAGAACCAAUCAAACCACAGUUACCAACUUAUCUUUUUACAACAUCUGCAACUGUGAGAGUACAAGAUAAACCAUCUGUUAAUGACUCUGAGCUGGACAACACAGUCUCUGAAUUAAUAGUAACAACUGGUGCUAAAAAGGAAUCUGAUAUUGUAUCUACAAUGGCUCCAUCUCUAGAAAUAGCUGAUGAAAUGUUGAAUGCUACAUCUAAUAUGGAUAUAAAUAGGAAUAUAACUACUAAUUCACUGAGUGAUAGUGAUGGUUCUUUGGGAUCAGUGAAUAAAAACACAGGCAUAGACAAUAAUGUUGAUAAUGAAAGUUCAAAUGCAGUAACUGAAUAUGAACAAUUUUCCAAUGAUGCAUCAAUGGAACCAACAAAUAUUAUAAGUUCUCCUAUUAUAUCAUUAAAACCUGAAGAUGAAGUGAUUGUGGGAGUUCAGGAUAUAUCGUUGGAGCUGGAUCACAUGAGUACAGUGUAUUAUCACCCUGAUAUGAGUCCAGAGGAAAGAAGUAUGCUUGGAAAUAACAUUGAGGCAACAGACUUGGCUGGCAUUGUUUUGUCUACUCAUGACAGUGGGGGUAAUGUUUCCGCAUCAACAAGGGCACUAGUUGUAUUUUUCAGCUUACGUGUGACAAACAUGAUAUUUUCAGAGGAUUUAUUUAAUAAGAACUCUCCUGAAUAUAAAGCUUUGGAGCAGCGGUUUCUGGAAUUGUUGGUCCCAUAUCUUCAAUCUAAUUUAACUGGCUUCCAGAACCUUGAAAUUUUAAAUUUCCGAAAUGGCAGCAUCAUUAUAAAUAGCAGAAUGAAGUUUGCAAAACCUGUUCCACGAAAUGUAACUAACGCUGUGUACAUUAUUCUUGAAGACUUUUGUAAUACUGCUUACCAAACCAUGAAUCUGGCUAUAGACAAAUACUCAUUGGAUGUUGAAUCAGGAGAUGUUGCUGACACAUGCAAAUUUCAAGCCUGCAAUGAGUAUUCCGAGUGUAUCAUAAAUCGGUGGAGUGGUGAAGGAGAAUGUGUUUGCAACCCCGGAUAUAUUAGUGUUGAUGGCUUGCCCUGUCAGAGCCUAUGUGAUUUGGAAAUAGAUUUCUGCCUAAAUGAUGGCAAAUGUGAUAUAAUUCCUGGGCAAGGAGCCAUUUGCAGAUGCCGUGUAGGAGAAAACUGGUGGUACCGUGGAGAGCAUUGUGAAGAGUAUGUCUCUGAACCUUUAGUGGUUGGUAUUGCUAUUGCAUCUGUAGCUGGCUUCCUUCUUGUAGCCUCUGCUAUAAUCUUUUUCCUGGCGAGGACACUUCGUGUUCAAAGCACAAAGAGUGAUCAAGAGGAAUCUUAUGGUAGACAAAGCGAUAGUCUGUCGUCUAUUGAAAAUGCUGUGAAAUACAAUCCAAUGUAUGAGAGUGAUACCACAGGCUAUAGUCAUUACUACAAGAGGUAUCCCCAAAUGUCAUCGACUAGCUCUACCAGCCCAGAGACCUCUGCAGACUUUAGUAGUGAAGAAAUCAGACACAUUUAUGAAAACAGUGAACUUACCAAGGAGGAAAUUCAGGAUCGAAUACGAAUAAUAGAAUUGUAUGCUAAAGAUAGACAGUUUGCUGAAUUUGUAAGACACCAUCAAAUGUCGGUGGAUAAUGAAAGAAAAACAAACACAAGUUAAUUAUUCUGAUAUGCCUGGAAGAGAUAUAGGAAUAUUUGUUCAGCAGAAGAUGAAAGGAAG